AUCCUAUCUGUUUGUGUAACUCUCUGUGAGCAAAGCUAAGAAGCUACACUCUUCCUGUUAUCCAUGGCAGCGUCCCCGCUCUUUCUUUCUUCAAGCAGCCCAGCCCUGCGUUUCCCUUCUUCGCCAUUCAAGGGAAAUGUGAGCAGCUUGAGGCCAAGCUCAUGCUCAAUCCCCUCGCUCAAAACGACGACGAAGAGACAGCUGGUGGUUGUGAACAAGGCGGCCGCGGCCGCAGCCGGGGCUCCGGUUGGGAGCGUCCGGUUCAGGCUGGACAACUUGGGCCCGCAACCCGGGUCCAGAAAGAAGGGGAAGAGAAAGGGAAGAGGUAUUGCUGCUGGCCAAGGCAACAGCUGCGGGUUCGGUAUGCGUGGCCAGAAGUCCCGGUCCGGACCGGGCGUCCGGCCCGGAUUUGAAGGGGGACAGAUGCCGCUCUAUCGUCGGAUUCCCAAGCUUAAGGGAAUUGCUGGGGGUAUGCGGAAGGGGUUGCCGAAAUAUGUGCCUGUGAACUUGAAAGACAUAGAAGAUGCAGGGUUUCAAGACGGAGAAGAGGUUUCGUUGGAAAGUUUGAAGGACAAGGGGUUGAUCAACCCGUCGGGGAGAGAGAGGAAGCUCCCUUUGAAGAUUCUUGGUGAUGGGGAACUCAAAGUAAAGCUGAGUUUUAAGGCUCGGGCUUUUUCUGCAGCGGCAAAGGAGAAGCUUGAGGCUGCUGGCUGUAGUCUCACCGUUUUGCCUGGCAGGAAGAAGUGGGUAAAGCCAUCAGUUGCUAAGAACAUUGCCCGUGCUGACGAAUACUUUGCCAAGAAGAGAGCAGCCGCAGCUGCUGCUGCUGAAUCACCAUCUGCCUAAUCCAGUUGGCCAAACUUGUAGGCGGAGUAGUACAUGGUAACACAUUUAAGGCUGUUCAUUUUUUUCUUCUCUGCUAUAAUAUUUGUUUACCAGUUCAGUAUUAUAGACUAACUUCUGGCUGUGUCAUAUAUAAAUAUCGAAAGUAAUCCUGUCAAUUCUUCAAAUUUUAACUUCCCACUCCCCAGCCUUUGAAUUUGGCUCAUGGAAUAUUGUCAAUCCUAGGUCAAUUCUUUUGCUACUGAUUUUAGUUUCUUGUCCUAAAGCCUCUCAC